AGCGCCACGGAGUAGUGAUGGGUCAUGCGCACAAGCAUCGGCUCUGAGAGCCGGCUCUUUGUAGUGAAUCAGAAGAGCCGGCUCGCAUCGAGUGAGAGCCGGCUCCCAGUUUUUUGCCCAUUCGCUGCUUAGGUUUCACUUUCACAGAGGUCUGUUAUGAUUGGCCAGCAUGGCGACCAGCAUGCGGCAUUCACGUGAGAAUUAAGGAUGUGUAAACAGAGAGGGGGCGGGGCAGACACACCACUUGACUCCACUGCAAGUGAAGAGAGAGACAGAGCGGACUGAGGAGCGUGUGUGCGUCUUGCAUUGUCGUGUCGUUUAACUAUGAGUGACACUAGAAAGCGAAGCAGCAUCUGGCUGCAGUUUAAAGAUAUUGGGAACAAGAAAGCAGAGUGCCUUCACUGCAAAACGAAGGUCACUAUAAGAGCAGGUUCCACCACAAACCUGCAUAGACAUACAAGAACUGUCCAUCCUACAGUGCAGUUAGAGGAGAGAGGGCAAGCCAGCUCACCAUCUACUGAUCCUGGUGUGUCUCAUACCAGAACAACAGCUGCUGUAACGUCUACUGCCAUCCCCAUGCGUGCAAGUAUAACCUCUCCUACUGCAACUCAAAGCAAAAUAAGUCAGUUUUUACCUAAACUGAUGACCCCAGCCAAACAGCACAGUAUUGAUGAUGAGUUGGCUAAAAUGGUAGCUUCUGAUUUUCAACCCUUUUCCAUUGUGGAGGACAAAGGAAUGAAAAACUUUGUCAAAGCCCUAAAUCCCACAUACACUCUACCCAGUAGAAAAACACUUUCCCAAACAAUGAUCCCAAAACUAUAUGACACAGAACGUGCAUUAUGGCAAGAAAGGGUGACAAAAGCUCCAUCAGUUUGCCUGACAACUGACUGCUGGACCUCCAGAACAACCUGCUCUUUCAUGUCUGUCACUUGCCACUUUAUUGAAGAUUACAAGAUGACAUCUUGCCUUCUGGACUGCUUCGAGUUCACCGACAGACACACUGCAGAAAACUUGGCAGUGGAGCUACUAAGAGUGGCAAAAGAGUGGCAAGUAGAGGACAAAGUGGUGUGCUGUGUGAGUGAUAAUGCUGCAAACAUCACCAAAGCCAUAAAAGUUUUGAAGUGGACCCAUCACCCAUGUCUGGCGCAUACACUAAACCUGGUGGUUAGAGAUGCUCUGAAGGUGAUCAAAACAACCGUGGAUAAGGUGAAGGCUGUUGUGGAGUUUUUCCACAAAAGCACAGUAGCAGCACAGAAGCUAAAGUCCACACAGCGCCAAAUGGGGAUUCCUGAACUGAGGCCCAAACAAGAGUGUGCCACCAGGUGGAACUCAACAUUUGAUAUGUUGAAACGAAUGCUUGAAAUAAAAGAUGCCAUCAUCUCCACCCUGGCCCUCAUCAACGCAUCUAUUGAGCCAUUAAGCCAAGAGGAAUGGGAGCUGGUGAAAGAGGUCUGCGCCGUCCUGCAACCAUUCCAGGAGGUGACUGUGGAGAUAAGUGCAGACAGGUACCUAGAACCAUUGAAGCAUUGUUUUCUCUACUACUAUUCAGUCACUAUUAUACAUUGCAAACACAACACAUACAGUAUAAUGCAUCACGUAUAAUAUGCUAAAAAACUAAAUUCUAAAAGUUGCUGUUUUCUCUCCUUCAGCUAUGUCACAGCCUCGAAAAUGCUCCUGCUUUGCAAAGGUCUGCAGCUGGUGACAGCCGAGAACCAAUGGACAGUAACUGUGCAGAAAGUGAAGGAAUUAGUUGCAGCUCUUUGUUCAGCCAUGGACCGCAAAUUUCUGCGGAUGGAGUACAACACUGUCCUUUCAGAAACUACCUUAUUGGAUCCAAGGUUUAAAAAACUUGCCUUCAGUGAUCGUAGAGCUGUUGAUGAAGCUCUUCAGAGGAUUAGUGCAGCAGCAGCAGCAAAAUGCACCCCCAGCAGCCAGCCAGCUCCACCAUUACAGGGCCAAGUGGAGGAGGAGCAGCAAACCUCUGCUGUUUGGAGGCUUUUUGAUGACAGAGCUACAGGAGAUGCUUCAAGGAGAAAUCCGACAGCUGAUGCUAUAAUGGAGGUGAGGAGCUACCUUGAGGAGCCCCUCAUCCAGAGAGCAGAAGACCCACUGAGCUGGUGGCAGGCCAAGGCCUCAGUCUUUCCACUCCUGGUGAAGGUGAUGGAGGGGAGACUAUGUAUUGUUGCCACAUCAGUUCCUUCUGAGAGAAUCUUCUCCAAAACAGGGCAGAUACUCACGGAGAGGCGAAAUCGUAUCAGGCCUAUCAGCCCAUCCAAGCUGAGGCAUCUGAUCUUCCUGAAUGCCAACCUGCCCUGAGGACUAAUGCUGUUUGCUGGAGUUUGGUUCUGGUUUUGAUUCUGUUCUGUGGAUUUGUUUGAAGUUUAUUGUUAAUUUGUGCAAUAAAAAAGUUUAAUUGAAAUAAACAAAUGUAAGAGUGGUUUUGUCACAGAAUAAAUGCACAGAAUUAGGCAUUAUAAGGUCUCUCAUAAAAACACUGAAAGCAAAAGGGUUUUCAACACAUAAACCAUGAUUUUUUUUCAAAGUUAAGGUAAAAUAUAGGCUACAAAAGAUCCUAAAUAAAGAGCCGUUCGGGAGUCGAAAGAGCCGGCUCUUCUUUGGGAGCCGAGUCAAAAGAGCCGGCUCUCAGAAAAGAGCCGAACUUCCCAUCAUUA